AUGUCCACCAUCCCAACCAUUUUGACCAUCGAUGUCGGCACAACAAGCACAAGAGCCAUCAUUUUUAACAAAGAUGGUACGGAAUUCGCCAAACAUCAGAUCGAAUAUCGUACCAGUGCUAACUCCACUGCCCUCGAUAAGAACAUGCCAAUCUUUUCCCACGAAGGUAUCGCCAUCACCGAAACCGAUGACUUGGAAUUCGAAAGACCAAAGGAUAAUCCAAUCACUUUGAUUUUCCCAAACCCUGGCUGGGUCGAAUGUAACCCCGUCAACAUCUUGGCCAACUGUUUGAUCUGUGUCGCUGCCUGUUUAGUCAAGUUGGCCAAAAGAAACAAGCAAAAUGCCGCAAGAGGCGAACCUACCCAUGAAAUCAAAACCAUCGGGAUCGCCAACAUGAGAGAAACCUCCAUCUUAUGGUCCAAGAAAACCGGUUUGCCUUUGUAUAACGGUAUUGUGUGGAACGAUACCAGAACUUCUGGUAUUGUUGACGAUGUCGGGGCUUCCCAUACUAAAGAAGAACUUGAAGAUGCCAGAAACAAGUGUGGUUUGCCUCCUGCUACUUACUUCUCGGCUUCCAAGAUCAAAUGGUUAGUGGAAAACAAUGAAGAAAUUAAACUCUUGUAUGAAAACCCAACUAAUGACGAUUGUUUGAUGUUUGGUACCGUUGAUACUUGGUUAGUUUACAACCUCACCAGAGAACGCUCCUAUAUUACCGAUAUUACCAACGCCUCCAGAACCGGGUUGAUGAACCUCGAUACUAAACAUUACGACGAAUCAUUAUUCAAACUUUGGGGCAUCGAUUCCUCAAGAAUCAUGUUCCCGGAAAUUAGAUCAUCAUCCGAAUUCUUUGGUACUUUCAAGAUCCCAAAUUUGAAGAAAUUUAACUUCAACACCAGAUUGACAGAAACUGCAUUUAACGAUUUGAAGAAAUAUUUGAAAGGUGUAUCGAUUUCUGGUAUUCUUGGCGAUCAAUCGUCGUCGAUGGUUGGCCAAUUGGUGUUGCAAAGAGGUUCGGCCAAGUGUACUUAUGGUACCGGUGCGUUCUUGUUGUAUAAUACCGGUAACAAAAAAAUGAUUUCUUCGCAUGGUACCUUGACAACAUUUGCUUAUUGGUUUGCUAACCUUAAAGGUUCCGAAGGUGAACCAUGUUAUGCUUUGGAAGGCUCGAUUGCCGUGGCCGGCUCGAUUGUUAACUACUUGCGUGAUAAUUUGAAGUUUAUCGACGCCGCUGCCGAUGUUGGUCCUUUGGCCACCAGGGUCCCUGACUCUUCUGGAGUUGUGUUUGUUCCUGCGUUUUCUGGUUUGUACAGUCCUUACUGGAUUCAAACUAGAGGAAAUAUUUUUGGUUUGACCCAAUUCACCAACUCUUCUCACAUUGCCAGAGCCGCCAUUGAAGGGGUCUGUUUCCAAGUCAAGGCGAUUCUUCAAGCCAUGGCCGAGGAUGCGGUGGAUGACCAAGAUGAUGACAGGUCCAUUGAAGAAGAAAUGAAGGAUUUAACAAUGACCACUGUCACCCCAAUCUCUGAUGAUCCGGAAGAAACAGCAUUGCCUUUGAAAAACUUAUCUGUCGAUGGUGGUAUGUCCAACUCCAAAGAGGUUAUGCAAAUCCAAGCGGAUAUCUUGGGACCUAGCGUCACCAUUAACCAAGCCAUCAGUGCCGAAUGUACCGCGUUUGGUGCUGCCAUUGCUGCAGGGUUUGGUUUUGCUGAUGAAGACGAACGUAUCUGGAGAAACUUUGACGACUUGACUAACACCAUUGCUACUGGUAUGUCUGCUACCGAUAAAUUAGUUAGUUACAAGUGCGAAGAAGCGUUUGAAUCUAGAAAAAAGAAGUGGAGAUUAUGGGAAAAGGCAGUUGAAAGAUCUAAAGGGUGGUUCGAUGACUGA